CUGGAUGGGACUGACUGCGUGGAGUGUGGGAGACGAGGCUAUUAUGCCGAACAGGCAGCAGCUUCCCUUUCUUGACUUUCCAUCUCCAAUGAACCCCGGAGAACCAACUCUUCAUUGAGUCUAACUAAACAUCUGAUUCCGAGAGCCCGGUCUUGUUGGGAGAGAGAGGUGGAUUUAUUUGACUGACGGGUGCCGGCGGGGACGCUCCGCGCACAGACAAUAAGAGGGGGCAAAUCAGAUCACAACAAAAGACAUAAGAUGACUGAAGGCCGUCUUUGUCAGGUUCACCUCCUCGAUGGCAGGAAUCUGGAGCUGCUGGUGCAGCCCAAGCUGUUGUCCCGUGAGCUGUUAGAUCUGGUGGCCUCACAUUUUAACCUGAAGGAGAAAGAAUAUUUUGGAUUGUGCUUCAUAGAUGACACUGGCCAGAAUAACUGGCUCCAGCUGGAUCGUAAAGUCCUUGAUCAUGACUUCUCCAAGACUUCGGGGCCUUUGGAACUCAAGUUCCAUGUGAGGUUUUAUAUCGAGAAGAUCACCUUCCUGAAAGAGAACACAACAGUGGAGCUGUUCUUCCUGAAUGCCAAAGCCUUAGUGUUUAAUGAGACCAUCGAAGUCGAGAGUGAAAAUGUUUUCAAGUUAGCCGCAUUCGCAUUGCAGGAGGCUAAAGGAGAUUACACCAGUACUGAGACUGCCAGAUCAAACCUGAAGGAGCUCCCAGUUCUGCCAACCAGGGUUUUAAGGGAGCAUCCAUCUCUCAAUUACUGUGAGGACAAAGUGAUUGAACGCUACAAGAAACUGAAGGGACUGACCAGAGGACAAGCCAUUGUACAGUAUCUGGCCCUGGUGGAGUCCUUGCCGACAUAUGGAGUCCAUUAUUACCCAGUGAAGGACAAGCAAGGAAUACCGUGGUGGCUGGGAGUCAGCUACAAAGGCAUUAGCCAAUACGAUUUGCAGGAUAAGCUGAAACCAAGAAAGUUGUUUCACUGGAAGCAAUUGGAGAAUUUGUAUUUCCGUGAGAAGAAAUUUGCAGUGGAAGUGAACGACCCCCACAGAACAGUGACCAAGCGAACUUUUGGACAGACUGGUGUGGUUAUUCACACAUGGUAUGCCAGCCACUCUCUGAUUAAAACCAUCUGGGUGAUGGCCAUCAGUCAGCACCAGUUCUACCUGGACAGAAAGCAAAGCAAAUUGAAGAUGACUACAACCAGGAGCUCAGGAGACAUCGCUGUGGACCUCACAGAGAUCUGCGCCCCACGGAUCAGUAAACUCUCCAGCACUGAGAGCAAAGACCAGCUUAUCAUGGCCAGCAACGGAAGCCUCAUCUCAGCCGGUUCUGCUGACUCUGAAGUCAACGAGGAGCAGAAGAAAGAGAAAAUAGCUGAGUUAAAAAAGAAAGAAAAGGAGCUUCAAGACACACUUACGCAGAAACUUGAGGAACUGAAAAAGAUCUGCAUGAGAGAAGCUGAGCUUACAGGCAGAUUACCUAAAGAGUAUCCCUUGGCCACAGGUGAGAAGGCUCCCCAAGUUCGCCGGCGUGUUGGGACGGCCUUCAAGCUGGACGACCUCUUCCCUUAUGAUGAGGACCCACAUCUGAGGAAUCUGGAGAGCAUGUUUGCCUUGCAGCAGAAGAUCGUGGAAGCAGCCAUCAAGUUAGCCAGCGAGGGCGACCUCUGCAAGACGGUGAAGAAGAAGAGGAGAAACAACUUUCUGGAUGCAAGGAGGAAGCUGGAGGAAAUUGAGAGGGAGAUCAACGCCUACAGGAUCAAGAAGGGAAAGAAGCCCACCCAGAGAGCGUCACUGAUCUUAGCAGAUGAUGUCAACCCUUCAGACCUUAGCUCUCUAUCUGACAGCCUCACUCUGGAUGAUGAUGAUGAGCUCGGUUCCCAGAGGCAGCGGUCCAGAUCAGUGCAGUAUUCCCCAAGACCCCACCAUGCAGAGACUCUGGACAUUCACUACAACCAAGACAGACGGGUCUCUGCCAAUGACCAGCAUACAGACAGCAGAUUAAAUUACGGCCAAGUCCAGGAAUCGCUUCACUACAGUCACCGCGAUGCCUUAUCAAGCCACAGCAGCCCUUUUAAACCGGCUUCCAGACAGCCACGUGAUGCCCGCAGCAUGCCCCCCACCCCCCUCCUCACCCGCAAUGCCUACAGCAGCACCCAGCUCAGAUCAGAAGAUGUUCCGCAGCAUUUCCGCCAGCGCAGCGGGAGUCUGGAGUCCCAGUCUCAGUUUCUGACAGAGACCGAACCUCCUGUCCAAACCUGUACCUUCUCUCAACCCCGACGCAGCAACAGCACCGAGGUCCUCGACGACGGCUCCUCCUACACAAGCCAGUCCAGUGUGGAGUACAGUGUUCCCGGUAACCACACCCACAGGCGCAGAGCACGUGGCCGCCACAGAAAAGACUUGUACGCCAACACGGGCAGCAUGCCCAACCUGGCUCAGCCAGACACCCGCUGCUACACCUACCAGCCGCGGGCUCGACCCACCACAACAGCUUACUACGUCACAGGCUACCCCAGCUACACAGAGCCAGAGCCUUACUCCAACGGAGUCUACAUGUACGACAACGAGAUGGAGGGACACUAUAACGUCAAUCCCUCCUACCACCUUGCUCCGACAGUCUAUCACAACCACGACAUGCACAGUCACUAUGGCAACGACGAGGUAGACUGCAUGUCACAGAACCCGUACGCCACGCUGCGGCCACCCAGGAACCGCCAAGCGCCCCGCAACAACGAGCAGGUCAGCAAGAACAUCCAGAAGGCUUUGGUGGCUGAACACUUGAGAGGCUGGUACCAUCGCAACGCUGCACACAAACAAGCCGCAUACAACUAUGACUAUGACAGAGGCUCCCAGCAGAGCCUGGGUUAUCAGACCACACCUGCACCCUACAGCCACAACAGCAGAAACAUCUCCUACUCAUCAGUGUCCUCAGCGUCCUCCACUGGAAACUGGCACAACCCCAUGAGUGGUGGUAUGUUGGAGUAUGACAUGCCUGUGCAUGUGCCACCAUCCUACUCUUACAGCACAGCAUCCUAUAGCCACUCCACCCACAGCAGAUGCCCCCCAGAGUUUGAGUGGCGGAGUCGUGAUAAGAUGGCGUGCCCUGCGGGGCCUUUAGAGAGGCGGGGUGCUGUUGCCUAUGCUACAGACCAGGAAAAUUAACCUCCCCCCCGCCAAUAAUCAAAGUUACAGCACAGGAGAAAGGAUCCUACUUAGAUGUCAGCAACCAAAUGCACACUAACAUGGACCCAGAAGACCAGAUUUACUGGCACGAAGACUCGAAACCGGGAACAAUAGUGUAGUUGCCUGUGUGUCGUUGUGCUGUAUGAAUUUUUCACCUUGACAAGUUGUCAUUGUGCCUUAGACUGCACUUACCUGUUUUUUCUAUAAGGGGGAUCCAAAGAAUGAAGGAACUGAACGUGGAAUUCAGCGUGUAACAAAAUGAAGUCUUCUUAACCUCUGUUGUCGUGAACGCAGUUGCCAAACUGACCCCCAUUCUUGUGUUAAAAUCAUAACAAAACCCCACGGGAGCGUCUACGUGUGUGGAUUGCGAGUGUUUGUGGUGGUGGCACUUGUGCACUGAAACUAUACCAGUUACCUGCUGUGGACUGAGUGGUAUAGCCAAAGGGAAUGUGGACUAAACUCCUCCAGUGUUUCUCUGUAGAGAUGCCAACUUCACAAACCAAGGGACCGGGACUGUCUCUGUAAGAGGAUACUGAGCUGUAAUGAACAACGAGAAUGACUCAUCCUGCUCUGCUGCUCACACACACACACGUAUGAACACUGUAACCAUGAAGGAUCAGACAAAACUUGAUAAGGACAUGAUCAAAAUGAAGGAUUGAACUCAUUCAAAAUGAGUCACAAAAUAAAAAAAAAAACAAAACGACGGCUACUUCCUGGAACACUCUACAGUCA